UAGGUUACCGUGGCAGCAGACGCGCGCUCUAUUUGAAUUUUAAUAACUACAUUUUUGUAAAUAUUAAAGGAAACCUCUACUUAUUUAACAUGUAAAACAUCUAUAAAUAUUUUGAAUAUCUGUUAAAUUUUUUCGAACUAGUUUUUUUUUUCAAAAUUAAAUAGUUAUGUGUUUAAAAUCUGCAAGAAAUAAAAUAUAAGAUCGUGAAAAUGGGUUCCUCGCAGAAAGAUAUAGAAUUGAGUCCGGUUCGAGGUGAAGCAAAGUCCCUGCCCGCAGAUAAGCUGAACACCCAGGUACACGAUGAAGAAGAUGUGAUAAUUGGUAGAUUUCGAAAGAUAAGCUCAGCCAAGUCUAUGGCAGCAACAAACGGGAAUAUUCAGUAUCCCUCAGAGAGUCCUUUGCGAUCUGAUGAUGUUGAGGCAGGACUACAUUUUAAUACUAGGGAGCCGUGUGAGAAGAACAAAUUGCUUGAUUCUGCGAACCUAGAGUUGGUGUCUCCUAAAUGUUCAUUAACGAAAAGUAGUUUUAGAGAUGUGGAGAAACCUUCGCGGUUUAAAGAUCAGCCGUCGGCUACUCGAUUUCAGAUGGGGCACAAUAAAGAAGAGGACGAUGGCACGGAUGACUCCGAUCCGUCGGCUAUGGACAGCGACGAUCCACUUACCGUAUCCGAUACGAAGUACGGGAAAAGUUUUAGACAUUUUACACGUGAAGCUCUACCUAGAUUGGACAAUUACAGAAACGUUUUGUCUAUACAUGCCGCCCAUCGACCAACUUUAGAUGAGCUUCACAACGCUUCAUUGUCUAGGAAGUCCGGACAUACUUUAGAGAAAGACGUGGAGUCUCCGACUGUGACGUCAUCGAAUUUAAAGUUCGGAUGGAUCAAGGGCGUGCUGAUGCGGUGCCUCCUGAACAUAUGGGGCGUGAUGCUGUUCUUGAGGCUAUCUUGGGUCGUGGGACAAGCUGGAGUCGCGCAGUCUGUUCUCUUGAUCCUCACGACAUCAGUGGUGACCACUAUAACCGCCCUGUCAAUGUCGGCGAUCUGUACCAAUGGUGUUAUUAAAGGGGGUGGCACAUAUUACAUGAUAUCUCGCUCAUUGGGCCCAGAGUUCGGUGGUUCUAUAGGUCUCAUAUUCUCCGUGGCUAAUGCGGUGGCGUGCGCCAUGUACAUUGUCGGCUUCGGGGAAGCUCUGAUGUCUCUCAUACCAGAAUCUGCCUAUAUGGUCAGCAAAAGUUGGGAUCAAGCAAUAUACGGGUGCAUAACGGUGGUAGUGUUGACCGGUAUCGUGAUAGUCGGGAUGGAGUGGGAGGCCAAAGCACAGAUAGUGCUGCUCAUCAUUCUGCUGGUGGCCAUCGCGGACUUCUGCGUCGGCUCUAUCAUUGGCCCAAAGAGCGACGAGGAGGCCGCCCGUGGCUUCGUCGGAUAUAGCAUGGAGGUGCUGUGGCAGAACAUGGGGCCCGACUACCGCUAUUACGAGGGCGUCCAUCACAACUUCUUCUCGGUAUUCUCCAUAUUCUUCCCGGCCGCUACCGGGAUAUUAGCCGGCGCCAACAUUUCGGGAGAUUUGAAGGACCCUCAGAAGUCGAUCCCGAAGGGCACGCUGCUCGCCAUCCUGCUGACGACGCUGUCGUACCUGCUGAUAGCGGUGGUGUCGGGCUGGUCGGUGCUGCGGGACGCGUCGGGGCACGUGGGGGACCUGGCCGCCGGCUCGCUGGCCGCCUGCGCGCGCAACCACACCUGCGCGUACGGGCUGCAGAACGACUACCAUGUGGUGCGGCUGGUGUCGGCCUUCGGUCCGCUCAUUCACGGAGGUUGCUUCGCGGCGGCGCUCUCCUCCGCGCUGGCCUCUCUGGUCUCCGCUCCGAAAGUCUUCCAAGCGCUGUGUCAGGACAAGCUGUACCCCUAUAUCGAGUUCUUCGCUAAGGGCUACGGACCCAACAACGAGCCUGUGCGAGGGUACGUGCUGACCUUCGUCAUCGCCACAACCUUCAUACUCCUGGGUGGCCUGAACCAGAUAGCCCCGCUGAUAUCGAACUUCUUCCUGGCGGCCUACACGCUCAUCAACUUCUCCACGUUCCACGCGAGCCUCGCCAGGCCCGUCGGCUGGAGACCCACCUUCAGGUUUUACAACAUGUGGCUGUCGCUGCUGGGCUCGGUGCUGUGCGUGGUCAUCAUGUUCGUGGUGUCGUGGAGCCAGGCGCUCGGCACCUUCGCCUUCCUGCUCGCCCUCUACCUGCUCGUGUCCUACAGGAAGCCAGACGUGAACUGGGGCUCCACGACGCAGGCGCAGACGUACAAGACGGCGCUGGCCGGCGUGCAGCUGCUCAACGGGAUCGACGAGCACGUCAAGAACUACAGGCCGCAAGUCCUGGUGCUGACGGGGUUCCCGGGGGAGCGGCCGCUGCUCACCGACUUCACGUACCUGCUCACCAAGGGACUGUCGCUGAUGCUGUGCGGACAGAUCGUUCAAGGUCCAGUGAGCCAGCCGACGCGCGAGGCCCUCAGCAAGCGAGCGUACGGCUGGUUCCAGCGCCGGAAGAUCAAGGCCUUCUACACCCUGGUCGAUGACGUCAGCUUCAAGGACGGCGCCAGCGCGCUGGUGCAGAGCAGCGGGCUCGGGAAGCUCACCCCCAACAUCCUCAUGAUGGGCUUCAAGCAGGACUGGCGCACGUGCAGCAGGCAACACCUGGUGGACUACGUCGAGGUCAUGCAUAAAGCGUUGGACGUGCACAUGGCGCUCGCGAUACUCCGCAUCGAGGGCGGACAGUACAGCAGCGAGGCGCUCGACGAAGACCUCCAGAUCUACCUCAACGACCUUAACGCCAACGGCGCGGCGGGAAUAUCGCGUUCCAUGGGAGAUACAUACAAAGCAACGAAGUCUACGGAGAGCCUCAACACUCAGUCCGAAGGCAGCAUGUCCGACUUGUCGGUGGGGUCGCCGCAGCUGCGACGCGCCGUCUCGCAGGACCCCGGCGCCAACCCGGACAAGGAGCAAGUCAAAAUUAAAAAAAGCGGCAAAGAAAGUAAAGGUCUAAGUUACGCGGUGCGGAGGGCUCUAGGGUCUGCGGUGGCUCGCAGGGCGUCCUCGUUCACUUCAGUGGAACAAUUCACGAGGAGGCAGGCCGGGACCGUCGACGUUUGGUGGCUCUAUGACGACGGAGGUCUGACCCUGCUGCUGCCGUACAUCCUGUCCACCAGACGCGCCUGGUCCUCCAGCCCGCUGCGGAUAUUCACGCUCGCCAACAAGAACACGGAGCUGGAGAUCGAAGAAAGGAACAUGGCGUCCCUGCUGUCCAAGUUCCGCAUCGACUACUCGGCGCUGACGGUGGUGGCGGACAUCACGCGGCGCCCCCGGGACUCCACGCUGGACUACUUCGACCAGCUCAUCGCGCCCUUCAUGGUGCCGGAAGACGCCAACCAUACGGCGGGUGUGACGGCGGGCGUGACGGCGGGCGUGACGGCGGGCGUGACGGCGGGCGACCUGGCGGCGGCCCGGGAGCGCACGCACCGGCACCUGCGGCUGCGCGAGCUCAUCGGGGAGCGGUCCCGGGGCGCGCGGCUGGUGUGCGCCACGCUGCCCAUGCCGCGCCGCCGCAGCGUGGUGCCGCCGCCGCUCUACGCCGCCUGGCUGCACGCCAUCGCCUCCGCCGCCGACAACACGCUGCUCGUGCGCGGCAACCACGAGCCCGUGCUCACCUUCUACUCCUGACCACCCUUCCAACACCCCUCCCAACCCCCCUCCCAACCCCCCUCCCAACCCCCCUCCCAACACCCCACCCAUCUAACCAACAGCUUCAAUACCCUUCAUAAAACUCUGCGGGUAGUUUGUUUUUGUAAAUACAUACACUGAAAUCUAAGGGAUUUACUAACAAAAUACGCUUUUAUAGAAAAUCCAACUAAAAAAUAGAAAAUAAAUUUUA